GCCAGCCACCAAGUUCACAUGCUGACAGCACCAAUUUGUGUUGGAAAAAGAUUUUGCAGAUAAAUGGAUGGCGCUAAAGAUGUCCAAGAUGUUGAAGCGAAUUCAUAUGAUAGUGAUGGAGAAGUGGACAGUGAUCUUGAAAGCUUCCUCUAUAGCCAGGUGUAUUACUCAGCUGACCUAGAAUUGGGUCCCAACUCAGAACUGGUUGCAGAACUAGACGAUGAAUCACACAAAAAGAGUAAUGAAGCUGUGAUAACUACAAAAAAUAAUAUUGACAAUGACCAACCAAAAGGAGACACAGAGACCUGGGCGAUUCACAAAAAAGAUCUUAUGGGUAAAGAUAAGUACCUAGAGUCAUUUGGAAAGAAGAAAAGAUACUUCAUUGAGAGACAUGAAAAUCAAAUAUUUUGCAAUAAUUGUGACAAAAAAGGGCAUAUAGCUAGAGACUGCUGGGAACCAAAGAAAGAAGAAACGUGCUAUCUUUGUGGUUUAAAUGGACACCCUGGGAGAUACUGCCCCAAUGGUGUUUGCUACAACUGUUAUGAAGUUGGUCACAUUGUCAGGACAUGUCAAGCACCGAGAAAGAAGAAUUAUGCAGUUUGUAAAAGAUGUUGGGGAAGAGGCCACAACAAGGAGAGAUGCCAUGAAAUUUGGAGACAGUUUCAUCUAACUGCGCAUGAAAACCAUUUGGAAAAACCUGAGGUAAACAGACACGGUGUCAUUAAAACCAUCAAAAGGACGCGAUUUUGCUUUAAUUGUGGCAAGAAAGGGCAUUUUGGACAUGACUGUAAAAAGGAGAGGCCACAUCGAUUAGUCUUUCAUUCGCCAUUCAUUGUUCAUUACGAUAAUUGCCCGUCCAAGACAAAUAAAACAAUUAUGGGUAACGUGGAAAAAUCAGGAAAAGAAAAUGAUUUUCGCAACGAAACAUCACAGAGACUCGUUUCAAGCAAGAGCAUUGAAAGGAAACAUGACCAGCAUGCUUAUUUUUUCGAAGAUCGCAGGCCAGCCGUGAAUGCAAGAGGAGUCGAUAGCAAGAAUGAAGAUUUCAAAGAUUCAAGAGAAAACUAUGUGAAUAAUGAUAUUGGUGAAGACGGGAGACUGAGGGAGAGGAAAGGCGGAAUCGAGCGAACGGGAGAAAAGGAAAGGAGCAGAAGAGAAGAGAAGGGUGUGAAUUCAGUCGAAACCGACAGCAAGGUAUCCGGGAAUUUGAAAAAGGGUCAUGAGCGGUCGAAGGAAGGAUCUGAAGAAAGAGUUGAGAUAGGUGGAAAAGUAAUCAAGGGUUUGAAGAGAUCGAAAGAGGGCCUUAGCAGUGAAAGAGAAUCUGAAGCACAUGUUAUUGGAAAACGUGACAAAAAUGUGAUAAUUUUAAGUUCUGAUAAUAGCGGAAAUGAAUGCAAACCCAAGAAUGAAGUGGUGAAAAUUAAACGAAGAAAAAAUAUAGAUUUACCACUUGACAAAGAUGCUAUUAUUUUGAUUUCUGACGACAGUGAAACGCAUUCUGAGAAGAGGAUGCCGGCCCCAUCUCGACUAUAUAAUGAUAACACGACUGAAGAAAUCGCAACAAAGGGGGUCGCCAAAGGGCGUGUCAAAAACAUAGACAAGAAAGAUAUAGAGAAUGGUGAAGAUUCUGUUAUUUUGAUUUCUGAUGACAAUCAUAACAACUCACAAUCUGAGAACGAUUUGGAGAUGCAAUCUCGAUUGAGUAAUGAUGACAUUACUAAAGAAACUGGAAGAGAGGCAGAGAAAGGAAUGGCUGACGUCAAUCGGAUACUUAUUAGCGACAGCCAACUGGUUGCUGAAAAUUCUAAACCCACGGAAGUUAUGGCAGAAGAUGAUGGAAGUUCAGUUGGGAGUUUUUCUGAAUUUAUUAACCUUGAUGUGUAUGCAAGUAAUUCGGAUUUUAGUGAUAUGUCAGAUGAUGGAUUGAAAAGUAAAAAGUCUUUAAAAGGAAAGGAAGAUGAAAAUAAGAAUAAGUAUCAGGGAAAUGGGUUGCAAAAGAAUUUAGAAAGAAGUGGAACCGACAAUAUUAAUAGUAGCUGUAAUGCACCCCCAGAGAAAAAACUGAAUGCGGAGGAGAGAAAGACGAAGAAUACAAGUAGUAGAUAUAGUGACCAAAGAAAAGGGGUUGAAAGAGUAAGGGGAAUCGAAAAGGAUACUCACGAGAAAGAAAACCGCCAAGGAACACUUGACCUACGGCUGGGAGAAUGUUUCCCUAAAGAUAAGAGAAGAAAUGAAGAUCAUUCUGAUCAAAAGUCUUUUAAAGAUUCUGUCACGUCAAAAGAAAAAGCAGUGAGAGAGACAAAGAGGGACAGGUCAACGGUAGAGAGAGAACAUGAAAAAUUUGACAUUGAAAGCGAAAUAAGUCGUAAACCAGCUGAAGAGUCCUUCUCAAGGGGUUGGAGAGAGAACGAGAGUCACAGGGAUAAGAGGGAUUCAAUGGACCCUGCUUCGUUUCGAUCCUCGGUCUCGAAAGGUGGCGCUGAAAAGCGUAGAAGCAAUGUUGAAACACGGCAUGGUGGACCAGCAAGGCCAACUGAAAGAGUCACUCCUAACAGGCCCACCCCUAACAAGCCUGCAAACGAAAGAAAGGAAAAAGGUGUAAAGAGGAAACACGAGUUUGACGGAAGAACUGACCGUGAUAAUACCGAUCAGUUUCAAAGUCGAACUGCCAAUCUAGGCCGUCAGCUGGGUAGUUCAAAUCCAUUGCCAUCAAGUACUUUCUUUGACAAAGCAGCAGGGAAAUUUGAAGAUAGACAGGCAUUUGUGUCUAAAGAAGCAGGUAGGAAUAGAAACCCCCCUAAAGAACCGGUGCAGUCCGGUCCCAUCCGAGAUCGACGUUCCGCAGAAACUCAAACCGGUCCAAACAACACAUUUGAUAAAAGACAGUUCAUUGAAAAUGCAAUCCCAGAUGUUUAUAUCGAUGAAGACCACAGCUCAAGUGACGGUGAAAAUUUCCAGUUUUCAAAUCUGCUUGUCGCUCAAGGUUCGUCUGAUUCAUCGGACGAAGAAGAUCUAAGGACAACAAUCAACUCGUUGAAAUCCAAAAAGCACAUCGAGAUUCCUUUUCAAGCGCAACAGGCCAAAGUUGUAAGUACCUCUGAAAAAACUCUUGAUGACAUGGAAAGUCAAUUAGACGAAACAAUUGGUGCAGGCAAUGUUGGUGGCGUUGAAAUGACUCGACAAAUCGAUUUAACACGCUACGAUCCGCGCCACUUUGAUGAAGAUGCUUCGGUGAGGUAUGGCCUGCAGCAGCCGAGGGCUAACCAACAAGAGAGAAUUAAUCAACAACCCAGAGCGAACCAGCAACAGAAAACGAAAAACCAACCGAGAGCUAACCAACCCCCAAAAACAAACCAACAACCAAGAACAAACCUGCAACAGGGAACGAGAAACCAACCGAGACCGAACCAACUACCGAAAACCAACCAACCACCGAAAACCAAUCAACGACCGAGGGCAAACCAACCGAGAGCACCCGGUGGGAGAAAAAGAUUUUUUGAUGACGUCACAGCGAUCGAGAAGCCCUUGCUUCCCAAUACUGAUGACAGCAACAACAAUUCCUUUUCAAGUGGUGCUCCUAAAGCAAAGCGAAUUCGCAUUAAACAACGGCGAAUCAUAUCAUCCCCGAAUGACGAAGAUACGAAUUCUCACGCUUGGAAUGUCCUUCGAAACGUAUCCUUGUCUCCUUCGCACAGUGCAGCGAUGACGCCCCGUCGAACAACGCCCUCGGCGUUCCAGACUCCUGCCUCUCAGGAAGCAAGCAAAAACAAUAAAGGAAAGAAAAAGAAAAAACCUAAAAGAAAAGCUCGCCCUCAACAGUUGCAAAAUUUGAUGCAAGACGAGGCAGGUCCAAUUUGGGCAAAUGAGCAGCCAAAGAUCGACGAUCAAAGAAAUAUUUUAAACACUGGGACAAGAAAGGUGGUGGAAGUUAAACGGAAAAAGUUCAAGGGAUCUAGGCCUAAGAAGCAAAAAGAUGGUGGUAACCCAGUCAAUACAAGCAGCCAAAACCAGGCAUUUCAGUCGCCUUCAAAUAACAGUGGAAAUAAGAAAAAUUCGAGAAGGGGUCGUAGAGGGUUUAAACGAGGAUUCAAGCUUAGUGAUACAGCCAGAAAAGUUGUCAUUAAAACCGAUUUUACACCGCUUUGAUAUUUUUAAUCACUUCAAUUCAUUUAUUCGUUGUUGUUAUUGAUGUUGUUUUGACCGUACUUGUCAAUUACUUGUUUUGUUUGACAGAAUGGUCUUCUAUCCGUGUUUUUAUUCGCUACCUGAUACUCAGUUGAAUGCGGCUGUUUUCCCUCAUGUUGCAAAGAGAAUAUCCAUCAUUUUUCAUUACAUAAGAAUAAACUUUUUCAGCUGUUUUAUGAUCAUUUUUUAGGAACAUUUUUUAUCCUAACAAAAUUAGGCCGCUGUGCUGGCUGUGACGAUGUUUUGAUAAAUUUGGUAGAGAAGAAAAAGCGAUUUUAUUGAGUAUUUCUGGUAUUGUUGUGUGUUUGUUUUGUUGUUUAGACAGAAAAAGGAGAUUACGUUUUGACAUCAUCAUGAGUUUCUUGUAGAUGUCACUUAAGAGCUGAUAUUUUAACGUGAUUUCCUUAUAAAAAAGGUGUCGAUAGGACAGCACAAGUUAAUUUUGGGAAAUUUUGUUUAGUCUAGUUAGAAAAUACUCGCUGGAAUAUUGCUAUGUGCGCGUAGGUUGGCAAGUUAAUUUUUGUACGCGAUAUUCAAUGGUUUUCGUGUAAAGUGUAUCUGUUUGUAUUUUUAAAGUUUUUUCAACUGAGAGUAGCUCUUACGUAAUUAAAAUCUGUUCUUGUAUAUUUGAAAAACUUUUCUUUGCAAACUUUGUUUAUAAUAUUAAUUGAUUGCAUACAACACAGACUGUUGGUUAGAUCUUGUGUUUUCAAUUUUUCAAUUUUGUUUUCAAGUAUUUCAAACCUUAUCAAAGGAGAAGUUUUAAUGUUCAAGAAGUCCAAACCAUCGCUUUGAUUCUGUUUUAACUGUUUCGUUCAUGCAUGCCUUUUAAAAUUCAAGAAUACCAACUUCGAGUUUUAGUUGAAAUCCUUCUCUGCCAGUUUGUGUCGAAUAUGUGGAAACCCUUUAUAGUUUAGCAUUAAAAUUCAAAACAUCUCUAAAUGUUGCAAGCGCUUUUUAGUUCGACACCUUUUAUAACAUUAUAGAACCAUAGGUGGUGACCAAAUAUGAACGAAAACUUAAACUUAGAUGCGGAUCGAGACGAGGAGAAAUGACUGGUUUGAUUGGCCUCUUGAUAGGUCAUCAUCUGUUGAACCCUGACAUGGUUAAAGUGUAAAGCAACAUAAAUUUUAAUGUUCGAGAAAAUUUCCUUUUUGUAUGCUCUCGGGUAUCUUUUCUGCUUUUCCUUGCAAACUUGAUUUUUUGCAGUAUGAAUUCUAAAAUGGAAAACUCUUUAUGCUUUUCUUUAUUAUUUGGCUCAGUCUAACUCUUGAAAAUUUGUCCGCCUAAAGUUGUAGAUUAGCGUCGGUGUUUGAAGGAAGGCUGGGGCGAGUGACGUAUUAUCUUACCAUAGGGCUCAUUGAAUGCUCUUUCUUUGUUUUAUUAUUGUCACCUAGUGCAAAAUCAUUUCGAUGUAUGUCACUAAAACUAAGUGCAAGCAUGUCCUGCGAAUAUGUUGAAUUUCCUUUAUUGUCCACGAAACUCGAACAUCUUGACUCAAACAUGUGUUGUGGACGUGAAGCAAAUGGUCUGCUGUUCGAUUCUGCAUUGCCAACCUAUCCAUUGCUGUCAUAAAAUGACAAAAACUUCAUCCUUUUCAACCACAACUUAUCCCAUAUCCCUCACCAAAGCUUUUUUCUUUCAUUAUUCGAUAGUCCGUUAUGUAUAAUCUAAAUCUCUUUGUAUAUUCUUACCCAUUGUUGUAUCAAUUAUCAUAUUAUUUGAUUCUAUUCAGUUACAUUACCACGACAGUUUUUUAGACUUUGCAAUGACCUCCUAUGGUUUUUGUCCCUGCGUAUUGGGGUUUUCUAUAGUAUUGCUGAUUUUGAUUUGACAGGUGUCAACUUUCGCUUCUGUUACGUUGGUUUUUGGGUGGAGCCAAAGAUGACUCCGUUUUGGUCCUCCUCAGAUAGACAAUUGACGUCAUUGCGGCUUGUCAAUAUCCGGAUUUCUAUCUUACGCAAACGUGACUUGAAAAAUUUUUAUUUUAAAAAGGAACUGAAAACUAAUAAUUUUCAACGCCGUGUGAGGCUGAAAAUCAUUUUGCAAAGAAAAACUUGUUUAGGGUUUCUUGCUUUACUGACUGUUCAAUUCAUAUUUGACGCCCAAAGAUAUUGAUUUUGCCCAAAAUAGGCACUGUCAGAGCCAUCAUGACUGAAUUUCAAUGUGGAGGGGGGAUGUAUGGUAAAAAAUCGACCGACAAGUUGGGCAUGGUAUUUUGUAGGUGUGGCAUCGGAACCAAAUUCUCAGCAAUUUGCCGAAACACCUAUGUUCGCGAGGAUACCCAAGCACCCAGGGACGCCGGAGCAGGAGGGCAUGAGGGGGCAGCGCCCCCUUGCCUUUUACCAGGAGGGGUAGAGGGGGCAAAUGUACCCUUUUUGAGAAAAUAACAAUUUUAAAUACAGUCAUUUUUUAUUUAAAGAUUUAACGUAAACCACCAUUCUCAAUGGCUCUUAUGCUUCUAAUAUUCUUUUUUGCUAAAAAAAUGAUAGAUGCAGUUAGAUUUAAAAAUACAGAACAAAUGUUAGAAUUAACAAAAAAUAAAGCAUUAUAGCGUUGACAGUUGCUUCCGUAAAAUUAUCGAAGGCCUCUCACUGCUAAUUACUGUAACCUAUCGCUAUUGUCACCAGUGGCGUACCCAGGGCCGGAGUAGUGGGGGGGGUCUGGGACGUAGUCCCCGGAAUUUUUUUGGACCACGCCCUUCAAACACGCGCAAAUGCGGGGAAACGCCCUUUUUGCAAAAUUUUCCGCCAUUAUUUGCUUUAUGUUAACUACAGUAAAUAGCAAAGUAUUUUACAAUUGUUAUUGACACAAGCAUACAGUAUACUACACCCCCCUAUUCCCCCCUUGGGUACGCCACUGAUUGUCACAUGAUCUUACUCUCUUGCAAAGUUAAUGUUCAAAUGAAAUAAAAGAAUGGAAUAAUUACUUUUUCCACUGUUCCGGAUAGAAGGGUAAUCUUACGGCUGAAGAUGCCCUUUCUAAAUUUCUGCCCUCCCCCCUUGCCCUUUUUUGGCUCCGGCGUCCCUGCAAGCCCCCCUCCUGUUAUCACUGCCCUGCUCUUCGCUGACUU